AUGGGCUCAGAGGUCGCCGGCGCUGACCCCGCCGGUGACGAGAGCCGAGACCACGAGUUAUGGCGGAUCGGCCGCGCGGUCGCCAAGGGAAUAGAGGUGAAGGAAGUCGACAACGUUGCGGAGACGCUGAUUGAGAAGCGCGGUAGUCGUGGAGAAAGCGAAGAUUAUCUGGAAGGGGCCGUGGCAAGCAUUUAG